UUUUUCUUUCGUACAUCGUAUGUACUCCCUGUUUCAUUGCGUUUUUCUUGUUUGUAAAUAAUAACCGCUGGAAAUAGUACGUAAUGUGAAAUUACACGCAUUCCUCAGUCGAGUGCUCGUUACGUAAAAGGUAACCAUUGCCGUGCAAUUAGUUAAUUCGCCGUAGAACUCCUAACCUAUUGGUUGAUGUUUUGUUAAGGAGUAAAUGAACUAUGUGAGGUAAAAAUGCCGCCUUUUAGAAGAAAGAAGGCGUCCAAAUCCUUUCCAGUGAAGGUGUGUACAUUGGAUGCCGAAUUGGAAUUCAACCUUGAGUGGCGAGCAACAGGAAGAGAUCUGUUUGACCUAGUCUGCAGAACUAUAGGGCUGCGGGAAACAUGGUUCUUUGGACUACAGUUCGAGGACACAAAACAUUUUAUAAGCUGGCUCAAAUUAGACAAAAGAGUACAAGACCAAUGUGUCUCUCAAAUGCCGGGCACACCAUUCAUGCUCCUCUGCAAGCUAUACCCAGAAGAUGUGGCAGAAGAACUUAUACAGGAGGUCACACAGCAUCUACUGUUCUUGCAAGUCAAGCAGGCUAUCUUGAGCAUGGAUAUAUACUGCCCGCCGGAGGCUUCGGUGUUACUUGCGAGUUAUGCUGUGCAGGCUAAGUAUGGAGACUACGACGAGACAGCGUAUAAGCCCGGCAUGCUUGCCAGCGAGGAUCUUCUACCACAGCGGGUCAUUGACCAGUACCAGAUGACUCCAGAGAUGUGGGAGGACAGGAUUAAAAUAUGGUAUGCGGACCACAAAGGAAUGUCUCGGGACGAAGCCGAAAUGGAGUACCUGAAGAUUGCACAAGACUUGGACAUGUACGGUGUCAACUAUUUCUCUAUCAAUAACAAAAAAGACACAGACCUGUACCUCGGCGUAACAGCACUAGGGCUCAACAUAUAUGAGAAGGACAACAAGCUAAUGCCAAAGACGACGUUCCCUUGGUCGGAGAUCAAACACAUAUCGUUCGACGACAAGAAGUUCAUCAUCAAGUUUGUCGACAAGGCGGCGAAUAACUUCAUCUUCUUCUCGCCUAAGGGAAUGAAUAAAUUGACGCUAGACUUAUGUAUCGGUAACCACGAUUUAUAUAUGCGUCGUCGAAAGCCGGACACUAUGGAGGUGCAGCAGAUGAAAGCUCAAGCCAAAGAAGAAAAACAGCGUCGUCAAAUCGAGCGGAAUAAGCUGGCGCGAGAGAAGCAACUGCGAGAGGCCGCCGAAAGAGAACGGGCUGCCAUGGAGCAGAGACUAUUACAAUACCAGGAGGAGAUCCGGUUAGCCAAUGAGGCACUGCGCCGUUCGGAAGAAACAGCCGAGCUAUUAGCAGAAAAAGGACGGGUAGCUGAAGAAGAAGCGUCCCUUUUAGCACAGAAAGCCGCAGACGCUGAACGCGAUAACGCUCGUCUUAGGCUGUCUGCUAUACGCACGGAAGAAGAAAAGGUCCACCUAGAACGCAAGACCCGCGAAGCAGAAUUCCUCACAGCGCGCCUAGUCGAAGAGUCAGAAAAACGCGCCGCCGAAGCAGACAGGCUAAAAGCAGAGUUGGUCGCCGCUAGAGUAGCAGAGAAGCAGGCUAAGGAUAAACUGUUGAACUUCUUAAGCAGAGCGGGCGCUGGGUCGCUACCACCGCCUUCUGUUAAUUCAUCGAGUACCGUCCCCUCGAGCCUGUUCCCCUCCACGUGUUCUCUGCCCGCCGAGUUGGGCGAGCCGCCUGUGAACGGGUCUGCGGAGCCCGAGCUUAAUUCUUGCCUUCUCGUUCCGGACGACUCCGACCCGCACAUACACCGCCUGUCGCAGGAAAUUGAGAAGGAACGAGUGGAGUACCUAGCAAAGUCAAAGCACCUCCAGCAACAGCUAGAAUCACUGCGUUGCGAAUUCUCCGUGCUUAGGGUAGAGCGCAGCGCUGCCACACUCGACAGACUGCACGAAGCGCAAGCAAAAGCGGGCGAUACCAAAUACUCCACGCUCCGAAGGCUUAGGCAAGGCUCGACCAACACUCGCCUAGCAUUCUACGAAGAGCUCUAAACAUCUACACUUGUACCAAAGUGGCUGUAAUACGGUAACAAUGACAUGGAAUCUGUUUGAUGGGUUUACAGACCAGAAAUGGCGACAUUACUUUUAUAUUACGCCGUUAGAUGGCGUUGACUAUUCGUUGCCAAGUUCAGAUCGCGUCAGUUUUUUGUGACGUCAAGAGAUGGCGCUAGCAGAUAUUAAUUCUUUGUUACGCCAACAGAUGACGCUGUGAGUCUUUGGUAGCGUUGACAUUGCGUCGAUAGAUGGCGUUAGUGUCAGACUUGAGUUAUAUAGGACAAAUUACCAUUAUCCUAUAAAAUGUUAUUUAGGGAAGUUAAGAAGGGGAGAUAAUUAAAGUAGUCUGAUUCAUACACAGAAUUUUGUAGACGUCCUUUGGCUGCGGUUACUGCUUAUGAUUAGGCGGGCUAUGAGCUUAUUUGUCAUUGACGUAGAAUAAUAAAUCUGUGUAUGACGCAAAUUACAGGUUUUUUUUAUUAGUGAUUUAGAUACUUUGUAAUAAAAUUAACAAUGUGCCUUAGAUAAUUUAACGCUGUGUGCGUAAUUGUACAAUAUUGGCCAAAAUCUCGCACACACGUAUAUAUGACAAUACAUUUAUAUAUAAUCAAACUAUUGUUGAUCUCCUAUAUAAUCGACAAUGUUGCCAAAUUAUUGACAUAAAUUGUCAAAAAUAUUUUUGUGCACAAAAUAUUUUUUAUUUGCGAUUGUAUAAUAACGUUCAUACGCUUUUUAUAAUCAAUUUAACAUAAUAAUUGUAAGUAUCAAUCGAGAUCUGGAUAGUUAUUUUCCAUUUUUAUAUAUAGACAUUUAAGUUUUUAAAUUACACGACCGGCGUGGAAAGAUGACUUGCUAUAUAGGCACUAGCCCCACGAGAAGCGAUUAAGCGAUGAACUCACAGAACUAAAUCAAGAUAGAAGGAAAAAGUGUAUACACUUCGCGUGCGGAAAAGUUAAAUAGCGAGCAAC